AUGGAUGGCAUGUCUUCAGAGACAAAUGAUGAAAAAGAAAAUAUAGAGAAGCCUGUUAGAAGACGACAUUCCUCAAUUUUGAAACCACCAAGGAGUCCUCUUCAGGAGCUCAGAGGUGGAAAUGAAACAGUUCAGGAAUCCAAUGCUUUGAGAAAUAAGAAAAACUCUCGUCGAGUCAGCUUUGCAGAUACUAUAAAGGUAUUCCAGACAGAGUCUAAUAUGAAAAUAGUGAGAAAAUCAGAAACUGCAGAAGCAGAAGCAGGAGAAAACGUUCUGAUUAUACAGAAUAAGAAUCCAGAAGAUAACCUCUGUGAAAUUACUGGUAUGAACACAUUGCUUUGUGCUCCCAUUCAAAGCCAAAUACAACAGAGAGAGAUUACAGUUACAGAAUACAACCAUGAAAAGAAACUUGCAAAUGACCAGACAGUUAUCUUCUCAGAUGAAAACCAGAUGGACCUGACAGCAAGUCACACUGUGAUGAUUACCAAAGGCCUUUUAGAUUGUACCCAAAGUGAAACACUCCCCAAAAUAGAUACUACAUCAUUUCUUGCUAACCUAAAGCUCCACACAGAUGAUUCAAGAAUGAAAAAAGAAUCAAAAUUUUCCUUGAAUCAAAACUCUUCUUCAGAAAAGAAAAUAAAUUUCAAUGAUUUCAUAAGAAGAAUGAAAACAGGAAAUUUUAAUGCUUCUUCUUCUGCAGGACCUGAUAAAGAAAAUUCUGAGAUAUCUAUUCAUUCCAAAGUAUCAAAUCAGGCCUCUCCUAUACAUCAGAAACAUGCAUCUCCUAAUGUAGAUGAAAAUAGUACUAAUGUGACUAGAAUCUUUAGAGAGCAAGAUGAUGGAAUGAAUUUUACCCAGUGCCAUACAGUCAAUAUUCAGACUCUGAUUCCUACAUCCAGUGAGGUCAGCUUAAGGGAAUUUAAAGGCAGUAAUACUGUAAUUUAUGGCAAUGACUUUAUGGACUUGACAGCUAACCACACUAUACAGAUUUUACCCUCAGAAGAUAAUUUAUCUGACUUAGAAUAUCAAGCUCAGAAUGUCUUGAUGGAUGUUACAACAGGUCAUGAAACUAAAGUUUCAGGAAAGAAAACAAUUCUUAAGAAUAAACCAAAUGCUACUUUUCAAGAACCUUCCUUAAAUCCUAAAGGCAAAAUACAUAAUACUAAAAGUCAUACUACAGAAACAGAAAUUCAUACAAUCACACAGACUUCUAACCAAGAUGCUAGAACAUUGACCAUGAUCCCAGAAUCUGUAUAUUCCAGUCCAGCUAUUCAAGAUUAUAAGACAGUUUUCUAUUCUAGUUGUAAUGAUGCCAUGGAACUCACCAAGUGUUUCUCAAGUAUGAAAGGGGAGAAAAAUUUGCUAAAGAAUGACAAUAAUCAUUCUAAUAUACAUCCUAAUCCAGAUGCUACCUCUCUCACAGAGAAAACUGUUUAUUCAGAAGAAACUAACAUGGACAUUACCAAGAGUCACACAGUUGUAAUAGAUAAUCAGUUUUGUAAAGAAGGUAAUACACAAAUCGCAGCCACACCAAUAUGUGGACAAGAGCUUAUGUUCCAAAACUGUAUAACCAUGCCAGAGGAUAAAGAAAUGAAUACAAAUUAUAGUUUAGUUCCUUAUGUUUCUAAGACAAGAUUACAGCAUAACUUGGCAAAUCCUUUAUCUGUUUCAUUGACUGACAGAAAUACUGAAAUCUUCAUAGAUGAUGAUAUGGAUUUGACUAAAAGUCAUACAACUAAUUUAAGAAAUCAAGUUUCUCUUGUACCUUAUAGUUUAGUUCCUGAGCAUACCAGAAAAUUUCACUCUCAUAGCAAUCGCCCUUCAAAUGAAUGCAAAGAAAUGACCAAAAGUCACAUUGAACUGCUUCAACAAUCAAAUAUAAUACCUGCAAACAUCCUCAAUGACAAAGAAAAAGAUCACAUUUUACAGAUAUCACCCUGUCUUGAUAAAGAUUCUCCUCAAUCAGUCGAUAUUAAUCAGAACAUAACAAAAAGACAUAAUCCAGUAUACUCUGAUGGAGAUCUUGAUAAGCAAGUACCACUGGGAAAUAAUAGAAAUUCAGUUUCAUGUGAGCAAUCUUCAUUUUCUACUACAAACCCAUUAUUUUCAUCAAAAGAACAAAUUGCCAUAAAAAAUCAUAAUACUGCUAUAAACAGCCAUACAGUGGAAUCUGUACCAGGCCAGCAUUCUAAACUGCCUGAACCGCUUAGGAAAAGUUCAGGUAAUCCCACACCUGACUUGCCUCAUGACAAGACAAUUAUUUGUUCAGAUGAGGAGCAAAAUAUGGAUCUAACCAAGAGUCACUCUGUUGUCAUUGGAUUUGGUCCUUCUGAAGUACAACUUGGUAAGACUAAUUUAAAAAACACUAACAGCCAGCUAACAACAGUAAACAAGCAACUAGCUGUGAAAAUUGAAAAAUGUAAUAAAAAUCCUAUAGAAAAAAAUGGAGUGUUUAUUUCUAGUAAUAUGGAUAUAUUGGAGGACAAAAGUGUACAGGAAGCUGGGUUUCUGAAUGAAAAGCAAAAUGUCAAAAUUUGUGGAAGGAAAAGUAUUGGCAGACUAAAAAUUGAUAAAACUAUUUUGUUUUCAGAAUCUGAUGAGAAUGAUAUGGAUAUCACUAAGAGUUAUACAGUAGAAAUAAAUCAUAAGCCUUUAUCAGAUGAAUAUGAUUCCCAUUUGGUGUCUUUGGCAGGAACAUCUAAAACUGUUUUGUAUACAUGUGGACAGAGUGAAAUGGAAGUCACUAGAAGUCAUACAACUGCCAUAGAAUGUGAAACUACCUCACCAAAUAAAAUAACUUCAAGGCCUGUUGACAAAACUGUAAUGUUUGCAGAUAAUCACGAUGAACUGGAAAUGACAAAAUCACACACCAUUUUCAUUGACUACCAAGCAAAAGAGAAAACUGUGCUUCCAGAUAGACCAACCUUUGAACUAUCUGAAAAGAAAAGCUUAGAAAAACCAACUAUGACAGCUACUUCUGUUGAGGAAAGUGCUUUCUUUCCAAAGAAUUAUGAAAGUAGCCAUUCAGCAGCAAAAGUCAGCCAGCUAGCACUACCAGGUGGUUUUAUAGAGAAAGCUUUAGGAUUUAUAGGUGAUGAUAACAAGGCAAUAUCUAAGCCAACCAUCUGGAAAAAUGACAGAGAUGUAGAAAAGCCUAGGUUUCUGAAUGAGCCUCUAUCAGGAAACAGUCAGAAGAGAAAUCUUAAACUCAAGAAUGACAAGAUCAUUGCAUUUUCAAAGAAUGAUAAAAAUAUCGAUAUCCAGAGUUCUGCAGCAGAAAUAAAUAACAAAAAUGCUCUGGAAGAUGAAGAGAAAUCCCAUUUGGUUCCUUUGGCAGAAAUUUCUAAAACUGUUUUUUGUACACUUGGGCAGGAUGACAUGGAGAUCACCAGAAGUCAUACAACUGCCUUAGAAUAUAAAACUGUCUCACCAGAUAAAGUAACCACUAGGCCUGUGGAGGAAAAUAUGUUAAUAGGUAAUCACAGUGAACUGGAAAUCACCAAAUCCCAUACUAUUUUCAUUGAUUGUCAAGCAACUGAGAAAUUACUUCAAGAGUGCCCUAAACAUGGAACAGUGAAAAGAAAAACAUUGGCUGUUUCCUUUCCUACAGAUGAUAGUUCUGUUCAAGAAAUCACUAAAAAGCACACACUGGCUGUAGAAAACGAAAUUGUUCAUCACACUGAGCCAAAGCUUGCUACACCCUUCGGUGCUGCUAAUGCAUUGGCUGGGGAUCAAAGUGAGAUAAAAGUCAAAUUAAAUAGCACUGCUAUGGAAAAAGAGGCAUUGGGGAAAGAUAUAGUCCUGGCCUAUCCAUUGGAGGAAAAAGCCAAAAUUAAACAUUGUCACUUAAACAGUUCAAAUAGAAGAAAUAUGGAUUUUACAAACAGUCACACAACUGCUAUUUGUGGAUCCAAUGAUAAUACCUGUUUACCCAAUGUUAUUUCCUGUGACAUGACCACCGUGUAUGAUAAAAAUAAGAAAACUAGUAAUUGUUCAGCUCAAAAUGAUCUUGCUUAUGCAGAUGACUUAGUCAGUGAACCUUAUUCAAAAUCUGAGGGACUGCCUUUCUCUGAUCAUUGUUCUUUGUUAGAUCAGAUAAAAGUUAAUCAAGCUGAAACUAAAGUACAGUUAAACUCAGUGCUCAAAGAUCAAGAUCUGAUAAAGGAGCCCUCAAAGCUAUUAGUUAAUCAAACUUUAGCAUAUAGUCAAGAUCUGGGGGAGAUGACUAAAUUUAAUUCAGAACUAGUACCUUGUAAGUUUCCAAAAGAUGAGAAGAAAACCUGUGCUAAUGAUGGUUAUGUUUCUCAGCCUCAUCUUUUAACCCAACUACUUCCAUUUCCUCAACAAGAACAGAGUAUUGUCAAUAAAGAUGAAACAAUAUUGUCUAAAGCUAGAAAUAAUUUAAAUAUAGGAAAUUUUUCUGUACCCCUAUGUGGAAGUGAAUCCCAGGUGUUUAAUAAUAAAAAUCAGUUUACUGCAGGUUGUGAAAAACAACUGGAGAGAAGCAUUCAAAUAGCUAACUGCAAUAUAGCUGUAGAUUUCCACAGUAAUUCAGACUUGCCCGAGCAAGUUACUCAAACUCAAACAAAUCUUAGAGAAGCAAAUUUUACUAAUAUCAAACCAAAUCUGGAUAAUUUGAAUGGAAAAACUGAAGAAUUUUUAGUUUUUCAAACUGUUCAGUUACCACCUUCUCUACAAUUACUUGAAUUAGUAAACAAGGGACAGAAUAAGAAUAUCACACAAACUGCAGAAAUACAUAAUAUUAACAUAGUGUCCAGCAGUGUUAAAGAUGAUAGAAAUGAAGAAAAAAAUUCCCCUAAUGGAGCUGUACCUUUAACAACCGCUAUAAAAGAUAAAGUGAGAAGAUGUUCUUUGGGUAUAUUUUUGCCCAGACUGCCAAAUAAAAGAAAUUGUAGUGUCAGUGGUAUUGAUGACCUAGAGCAGAUUCCAGCAUACACAACUAAUGUAAAUCAUUUAGAAACUCAGCCAGCCUCCAAUAAAAAUUCAAGUAGUGGGUUUGUUGCAGCUAAACUAAACUUAAGUCCAUCUCAAUAUAUAAAUGAAGAAAAUCCUCCUAUGUAUCCUGGUGAGAUUAAUUCCUCAGACUCUACUGGCAUAGAAGCUGAGGAAAAGACUUUGACUGAGACAUAUCAAAAAGAGAGUGCACCAUCUAAAAAUAAAAUGGAAGAAACAGCCAACAGCCAGAAAAGAACCUGGGUACAAGACGAUGAUGAUGUUCAGCAUGAGAAAAAAAUCAGGAAAAGUGAAAUUAAGUUUAGUGAUACACCAGAUCAGGAGAUUUUUGAUUACCGUACUGAAGGGGAUAUUGAUAAAAUUGGCAAUAGUGUAUUGAUAAAAAACCUGAGCAGGACUCCAUCCAGUUGCAGCAGUUCUCUGGAUUCAGUUAAAGCUGAGGGGACCUCUCUGGACUUCAGUGCAUACCACAAUAGUCAAAUGGAAUCACAGUUUCUUAGAGACACUAUUUGUGAAGAGAGUUUGAAAGAGAAACUCAGAGAUGGGAAAAUAACUAUAAGGGAGUUCUUUAUACUUCUUCAAGUUCAUAUUCUGAUACAAAAACCCCGACAGAGCAAUCUCCCAGCCAAAUUUCCUAUAAACACACCACCUACUCUUGAAGACCUGAUGUUAAGCCAAUAUGUUUACCGACCCAAGAUACAGAUUUAUAGAGAAGAUUGUGAUGUUCUUCGCCAAAAGAUUGAAGAAUUAAAGCUUUCUGCAUCGAACCAAGAUAAAUUGUUGACUGAAGCAAAUAAGAAUCUCUGGGAAAAAAUGAGACUCUGCUCUGAUGAGGAGCUAAAGGACUUUGGAAUUUACCUGAACAAAAUAAAAUCACGUUUUACGAAGAUGACUAAAGUCUUUACCCACCAAGGAAAAGUGGCUCUCUACAGCAAGUUGGUGCAGUCAGCUCAGAAUGAGAAGAAAAAACUUCAGAUAUGGAUUGAUGGGAUAGACAACAUACUUACGAAGAUUGAUAACUGUCUUACUGAAGUGGAAAUAGAAACUAAAAAUUUGGAAGAAAAAGAUAAUCCUAUGGAAGAGUGGGAUUCUGAAAUCAGAGCUGCAGAGAAAGAGUUAGAACAACUGAAAACUGAAGAAGAGAAGCUUCAAAGAGAUCUUGUAGAAUUGGAAGUACAGAAAGAACAGAUCCUUAAUCAAAUAGACCUUAUUCAAAAACAAAGAAAUGCAGCUGAAGAGCAUCUGGAUCAGUUGAGUUUGUCUGAGUGGGAUAUCAUUGAGUGGAGUGAUGAGCAAGCUAUAUUCACCUUUCUUUAUGACACACUGGAACUCACUGUCACCUUUGGAGAGCCAGUAGUUGGUCUUCCUUUCUUGGACAAGCCGUAUAGGAAGAUUAUUGACCUGAAUUUUCAGUCUCUGUUAGAUGAGGAUAAAGCUCCUUCUUCCUCCCUUUUAGUUCAUAAGCUUAUUUUCCAGUAUAUUGAAAAACAGGAAUUUUGGAAGAAGACAUGUACAACACAGCAUCAGAUACCCAAGAUGCUUCAAGAAAUCUCACAGGUAGUGAGCCAUUGCAGACUUCUUGGAGAGGAGAUUGAAUUUUUAAAGAGAUGGGGACCAAAUUAUAACCUAAUGAACAUAAAUGUGAAUAAUACUGAGUUAAAGCUUUUAUUCUCCAGCUCUGCAGCAUUUGCCAAGUUUGAGAUAACUUUCUCUCUCUCAGUUAAUUAUCCAUCUACCCCAUUACCAUUCUCCAUUCAGAAUCACCUUGGAAACAUUGGACAAGAUAAAAUUGCUGUCAUUCUAUCUAAAGUGCCACUAGAGGACAACUACCUGAAGAAUGUAGUCAAGCAAAUUUACCAAGAUCUGCUUCAGGGCUACCAUUUCUGCCACUAGAACCAUGGACCACAGUUAUAUAACAACCAAGCACAUUGCACUUAAUGAU